AUGGGGCCCCCUCCACCCAAGGCCAGGGGACUCUGGAUCCAACUCCAGAAACUUCUGACCUCCUGGCUGGCGGGACAGCAAGACUGGGACCAGUAUCUGGACGAGGCCUACAUGCUGCAACAGAAGAGGAUUCGAGAGUCUCCUCUGCUUCGGGCAGCCAAGGACAACGACCUGUGUGUCCUGAAGGAACUUCUGCUGGACCGAACCUGUGACUUUCGGCAACGAGGAGCCCUGGGGGAGACGGCGCUGCACGUGGCGGCCCUCUAUGACAACCUAGAGGCCGCCAUGGUGCUGAUGGAGGCCGCCCCGGAGCUGGUCAAGGAGCCCACCAUCUGUGAGCCGUUUGUAGGUCAGACGGCACUGCACAUAGCCGUCAUGAACCAGAACGUGAACUUGGUGAAAGCCCUGCUCGCCCACGGGGCCAGCGUCUCUGCAAGGGCGGUAGGCUCAGCCUUCUGCCUCAGUCCCCACAACCUCCUCUACUUUGGGGAGCACCCUUUGUCCUUUGCGGCCUGCAUGGGCAGCGAGGAGACCGUGAGGCUGCUCAUUGAGCACGGCGCUGACAUCCGGGCCCAGGACUCCCUGGGAAACACAGUGUUGCACAUCCUCGUCCUGCAGCCCAGCAAAACCUUUGCCUGCCAGAUGUACAGCCUGCUGCUGUCCUACGACGGGCGCGGGGACCACCUGCAGUCCCUGGACCUCGUGCCCAAUCACCAGGGUCUCACCCCCUUCAAGCUGGCUGGAGUGGAGGGCAACACCAUGAUGUUCCAGCACCUGAUGCAGAAGCGGAAGCACAUCCAGUGGAUGUGCGGGCCGCUGACCUCCACCCUCUACGACCUCACGGAGAUCGACUCCUGGGGAGAGGACGUGUCAUUUCUAGAGCUUGUGGUCUCCUCCAAGAAGCGAGAGGCUCGCCAGAUCCUGGAACAGACCCCAGUGAAACAGCUGGUGAGCUUCAAGUGGAGGAAGUAUGGGCGGCCAUACUUCUGCAUCGUGGGGGCCCUGUACGUGCUCUAUAUGAUCUGUUUCACCAUGUGCUGCAUCCAUCGCCCUCUCAAGCCCCGUAGUGGCAACCGCACAAACUCCCGAGACAUCACCAUCCUCCAGCAGAAGCUGCUCCAGGAGGCCUAUGUGACUCAGCAGGAUAAAAUCCGGCUGGUGGGGGAGCUGAUGACGGUCUUCGGGGCUGUGAUCAUCCUGUUCCUAGAGAUCCCGGAUAUCUUCAGGGUUGGUUUCUCUCGCUAUUUUGGACAGACUGUCCUCGGGGGGCCGUUCCAUGUCAUCACCAUCACCUAUGCCUCGCUGGUGCUGGUGACCAUGGUGAUGCGGCUUUCCAACACCAACGGGGAGGUGGUGCCUAUGUCGUUCGCCCUGGUGCUGGGCUGGUGCAGUGUUAUGUACUUCGCUCGAGGAUUCCAGAUGCUGGGUCCCUUCACCAUCAUGAUCCAGAAGAUGAUUUUCGGAGACCUGUUGCGUUUCUGCUGGCUGAUGGCUGUGGUUAUUGUGGGAUUUGCCUCAGCGUUCUUUAUCAUUUUCCAGACAGAGGACCCAUCCAACCUGGGGCAAUUCUAUGACUAUCCCAUGGCGCUGUUCAGCACCUUUGAGCUUUUCCUCACCAUCAUCGACGGGCCUGCCAACUACGAUGUGAACUUGCCCUACAUGUUCAGCAUCGUCUACUUUGCCUUUGCCAUCAUCGCCACGCUGCUCAUGCUCAACCUGUUCAUUGCUAUGAUGGGCGACACACACUGGCGGGUGGCCCAUGAACAGGACGAGCUCUGGAGGGCCCAGGUCGUGGCCACCACGGUGAUGCUGGAGAGGAAGAUGCCUCGCACCCUGUGGCCUCGCUCUGGCGUCUGUGGGUACAAGUACGGGCUGGGGGACCGCUGGUUCCUGCGAGUGGAGACCAACCAAGACCAGAAUGCUUUGCGAGUACGUCGCUAUGUGGAAGCCUUCAAGGGCUCAGACAAGGAGGAAGAACAUGAGCAUCUUUCUGAGAAACAGCCCUCUGUGGCUGAAAGUGGGAUUCUCGCCAGGGCCUCCCUGGCCCUCCCGACUCCCUCCCUGUCCCGGACCACAUCUCGAAGCAGCAGCAGUCACCGGGGCUGGGAGAUCAUUCGUCGCAACACCCUGGGACACUUGAAUCUGGGACUGGACCUUGGGGAGGGGGAUGGAGAGGAAAGUGUCUAUCACAUAUGAUUAGGACCCCUGUUACUCUCCUCCCGACUCCAGGUAGGCCUGGGGUGGGGGGCGGGCAGAGAGAGAGACACUGCCUAUGCAAGCGUCUGACUGACCUUCAUGCCCAUUAAUCCUGGGAGGGUGGACAGAAUAAUUCUUAAAGGCCAUCCAUGCCUUGCCCUUCACAUCAGCAUCUAGGGAUGAGCAAAGGGCCCCACAUAUCUUCUGUCUUCUUGGAAGUCCCACAUCUUGGGAAAAGGGGGUAUCUUUUCAAGCAGAGUUAGACUUGGCAACUGAAGACAUGAGGUAGGGGCGCUAGGCCAAUGACUGGGUCAUCUUCCUUUCCACCCCAUGAGGCCCUAGAUUGUAAGCUGUGAAUCCUCCCUGGUUCCACAGGGCUUCAUGUGGGAAGAGCCAGGCAUGGCAUUGAGGUUGUAGCCUCUCGCCUCUUCUCGUACCCCGUAGGACUCUCUCCCCACCUACCAACCAAACCCCAACGAGAAAACUGCAAGAAAAA